AUUCCCCUCGGCUGAUCCCGGCGCAGGCGCAGUGGCUCGAGUGGCGUGAAUCUGCGGCCCCGCCUCAGUAAAGAGGGCCGGGUUGCGCCCCUCCUUGGCCCAGGUUUCCCGGGGUGUCACCUGAGCGAUGCCGCGCUAUUGCGCAGCGAUUUGCUGUAAGAACCGCCGGGGACGGAACAAUAAAGACCGGAAGCUGAGCUUUUAUCCGUUUCCUCUGCAUGACAAAGAAAGACUUGAAAAAUGGCUAAAGAAUAUGAAACGAGAUUCAUGGGUUCCUAGUAAAUACCAGUUCCUGUGUAGUGACCAUUUUACUCCUGACUCUCUUGACAUCAGAUGGGGUAUUCGAUAUUUGAAACAAACUGCAGUUCCAACAAUAUUUUCUGUACCUGAAGACAAUCAGGGAAAAGACCCUUCCAAAAGAAAGUCUCAGAAGACAAAAUUAGAGGAUAAAAAUGAAGUAUGCCUAAAAGCCAAGUCGGAAGAAUCACUGGCAUCAAAUGAGCCAAAGAAAAAUACAGUUACCACAGAUGGGCUCCCCGAAUGUGCAGAAUUACUUGAGUCGUCUGGUUUGGUGAAGCUACCAGCUCCAAAAACAGGAAGUAUACAAAAUAAUAUACUAACUCUUAAUCUCGUUAAACAAGGUAUUGAAAAACCAGAAUCUUCUUUGGAAAUAUCAGUUAACCAAGAUACAGGUGUAGGUGGUUUUCACACAUCUUUUGAGAAUAUAAAUUCUACAACUAUUACUUUGACAACUUCAGAUUCUGAAGAUAUUCAGCACUGUUUGGAAACCCAAGAAGUGUUUGAGAUAACUACCAAUCAUAUUGCUAAUCCAAAUUUUAUAAAUAAUUCUGUGGAAAUUAAGUCGGCACAGGAAAAUCCAGUCUUACUCAGCACAAUUACUCAAACAGUCGAAGAAUUAAAUGCAGAUAAGGAAUCCAUUAUUGCCAUUUUUGUACCCGCGGAAAAUUCUAGACCAACAAUUAAUUCUUUUAUACCUGCCCAACAAGAAACCGUGGAAAUGGAGGACAUAGACACUGAAGAUUCCUUAUCUAAAGAUGUUGACUAUGGAACAGAGGUUUUACAAAUUGAACAUUCUUACUGCAGACAAGACAUAAACAAGGAACAUCUUUGGCAGAAAGUUUCUAAGCUACAUUCAAAGAUAACUCUUCUUGAACUACAAGAGCAACAAACUCUAGGAAGAUUGAAGUCUUUGGAAGCCCUGAUAAGGCAGCUAAAACAGGAAAACUGGCUAUCUGAAGAAAAUGUCAAGAUUAUAGAAAACCAUUUCACAACGUAUGAAGUUACUAUGCUAUAAAGAGGUUUCAAAGCUAUAACAUUUAUGUUUUUUGCAGCCAAACCAAAUUAUGUAUAAAGUGAACUUUCCUGUAUAAGUUUCUCAUCUUGAACUAUGAAAAUGUUCUAAUGUUAUAUACUGUUACACAUUCUCUUGCUGUAAUGCUCAUUUUUAAGAAAAAUCAGAGAAUUGUUGAUGAGAAAAACAGUUUUAUUGUAUGAUUAUUUCCUAAAUUAAAGUAAAAAUAUAGUAAAUAAAUAAUGUGAAUAAGUCAUUAAAUGAGCAAACACUGUGAUUUAUGGUAAAAAGAGCCCAGAAUAGAAGUCAGGCUCUGGAAACAGUCCUAGUUCUACCAUUGACAUGUACCUUAGGCAAGUUACUUACCAAGCUUGAGCCUUAGUCCCUAAUCUGUAAAAUAAGGGCAUUUCCUAGACCGCUAAUAGUAUGUUUCUUUAGAGCUCUUUCCCUUCCUGUAAGAGUGCUUUUAACAGAACAGGUUUUCUAUAUGACAGCCUAUACUUCAUAAUACUAGAAGUUGGCUAGAACCUGGUGUUGCUAGGUUUUAGGAUAUCCUCAAUAUUUAUUGAGUUCUGUGCUCUUUAACCUUUGGCUGUAGUUUUACACCUAUAAUAUAAAAGAUAAUGUUCCUUUUGUAAAUUUAUUCCAGUUGAACUAAAAUAGGGAAUCACCCAUUAGCCCAGUUCUUAGGAGAAGUACUUUAAGCUUUAAAGCAUAUGUAUUUGAGUACCUUAUAUAUGAUUAACCAUCUUAAUAGAUAAUCAUUUGAGCUUUUUAACAUCCUAUAAUUAUAAAGUUAUAUUUAUAAAUCAAAAAGAUAAAAGUAAGCUUAAGUAUAUUUUAGAAAUCGUAGUCUAUCUACUUAAUAGGUAUAGCUUUUUAAAGUAUGUGCCUGUGUCAUUUUUAAAUUCCAGAACUACAGACUAAUACUUAAAACUGUACAUUGUCGCCUAUGUAUAUUUUACUGAAAUUUAUAAGUAAGAAAUUAUAGAUAUGUGAUGAUGACCUUAGGGAGACAAGUAGGAAAGAGAAGUGAUGAUGCUGUAAAUAAAAAUACUGUUUAAAUCCACAAGAACUUUUAAAAAAUGAAUAUAAAAGCAGAGAGUGGUAAUAACGCAAAUGUGAAGAAAUAGGCUACGUGUUCCCUGAAAACCGUCAGUCAAUGUAAUUAAAUAUAUUACUAAAGGACAACUUACAUGUCAGACAUGAUCCUAUCGGCCUCAUCUGUAAACCAAAAGAUACUAUUUCCUCUCUUGUAUGAUGUAUUUGAGAAUUCUUUGAGGGAACAUGUUUUUGAGCCUGGGAAAUAGGAGGUGCUCGAUAAAUAUUAGUUGACUCUGAACAGCAAAUAGCAUACUGAUUGUUUUAUAAAUGCAUGAUCAGGUUUGGCCAGAUUUCACUAACUUUUUUCAGCCUUAUAAAAUUAAUUGGUAUUAUAUGAAUGUGUGUGUCAACUAGUUAUAAAAAGUUGUCUAGAGGUGUAACUUUUAUUGGGAAACUUUUAUCUUUAUUGGGUAACCAUGAGAAAAAAUUUGGUAGAAUUUUUUCAUUAAUUAUGUGCAGACAUUUGGUAGAGUUAAUACUGUAUUAUUUUUAAGUGUCAUGCUGCAUUUUGCUAAUACUAAUAAAAUUAAUUAUACAGAUGAAAAUAAGAACCUUUUUAAAUCACAAUAAUGACAUAUAGUUUGCACUCAGUUUUUAGCAGUGUACAUCAUAGUAAUUUUCUGUUUGCUUAAAGAUACAGUUUACUCAGGAAAAAUUUAUAUGUUUAAUUGUAUUUCUUUAAACUUAAUAAAUUUUAAGUAUUUAAGAUAUUUUCCUGUCUUGUCUUUGUUUGGUUCACGAUAUUCUCAGCCUAACUCAGUUAACAUCUGAAUUAUAUUUGGGGUUCAGGCCAACAAUAUUUAUCACUUGGACUAUUUGGGAGCUUCCUAGCUUAUAGUCUUAGUUCUGUAGUGCUGCUAUAACAAAUACCACAAGUGGAUGGCUUAACAAAGAGAAAUUUAUUCUUUGAAGUCUAGGAGGCUAGAAGUCCAAAUUCAGGGUUCCAGCUCCAGGGGAAGGCUUUGUCAGUUCUGGGGGAAGGUCCUGGUCAGGUCGAGGAGCUCAGCACAGGGACCCCUGGUCCGGAGGAUGCACUAUUCUCCUAGCUCUUGUUUCUUGGUAGUAUGAGGUCCCCGUGUCUCUCUGCUCAUUUCUCUCUCUCAUAUCUCAAAAGAGAUUGGCUUAAGACACGAUGUAAUCUUAUAGAUUGAGUCCUGCCUCAUUAAUAUAACUGCCUCUAAUACUGCAUCAUUAACAUAGAGGUAGGAUUUAUAACACAGGAAAAUCACAUCAGAUGACAAAAUGGUGCACAGUCACACAAUACUGGGAAUCAUGGCCUAGCCAUAUGGAUAAACAUUUUGGGGGGACACAAUUCAAUCCACAACACUGAUCUUGCCUAUAUUUCCAGUCUUCCAUCUCAGUAUCAUUCUGGGCCCUACUGUCAGCUUUUUACCUAAACUAUAGAUCUAACUAACCAUGUCACCCACCCACCAUGUAAUCCCUUAGUCUAGAAAUCUUUGAUUACUCUCUACUUACAGAAUGAAGUCAAAUUUGUUGUUGUAUAUAUGAUCAUCUCUGAUUCGGUCAUGUAUUCUAGCCACACUGGACAUUUUAGCGUUUCCCAAACAUACCAAAUAAGUCAUCAUACCUGGCUUUUUUCCUAAAAUCACCAGCAUGCCAAGAUUAUAUUUUGACUUUAAAGCCCAAAAUGCCUCUUUGGCAGAAUGUCAUCUCUUCUUCCAGUUGGAAUUGUUU